CAGCUAGCAACACUGGAGGAAAUUGGCGGAGGCAAAAUCGAUUUCCUAUUCUGACUGCCAUGAGAAAAAUCAGAAAUAUUGUUUUAUUUACGUUUUUGUGAUAAAUUUUACUGGUGCAAUAGCAGUAAAUUAAAACAGUGAAUUAUGAUUAUGAUUCAGUUUUUGGAUGCUACGAUAAGCGUAGCGGUCUAGCGUUUGUUCGGAUUUUCAAUAUGGCCGCCGAACAAUUAUUUUCAUUUUCUGUUUACUGUAAAUUAAUUACAAAAGUGUGUAAUAGUGUAUUUAAUACUGACAAUAGUCUCAGAAUUGAAAGCGUUAAAAACAGUGGUAUAUCUUGGCUCUGUUUAUUUCUGUGACCUAAAAAAUAUAACAAACAUUUGAAAUUAAUAUGUACAUAAAAUACCAAGUAUGUAAUGUACUGAAUUUCAAUACUUUUGAGCAGUGAAGUGAAUAUUAGAUUAUAAGUAUUACCAUAAUUAAUCGCCAUGUCACACCAUGAGCGGUCGUGAUGAGUCCACUGUGCUCCUUGGUGUCAAUUCUACUCAUCAGGUUAUGGGUGUGGAACGUGUCGUGUCGGGCUGCGGCAGCGCGGGCGGUGGGGCGGCCACGCUCAACGGCGCCGCUCCCGACCGCCGCGACGAGCCGCCGCGCAAGAAGCUCAAGAUGUCGCCCGAGGACAUCCACGCACUGCGCACGCGCAUUCUCGAAUGCGAGGCGCUGCGACAGAAGAACUUGCGGGAGAGAAUCACGGAGCAGCUGAGCGAGCUGUACUUCCUGCAGGCGGGCGGCAACAUGAUGGACUACGCGGCAUGGCGCAAGCGGCCACCGGCGCCGCAGCUCCAGGCCUUCCUGGAGGCGCGCCGGCCCGCGGUCGCAGCGCCGCCCGCGCCGCCGCCCGCGCCCGCGCCCGCGGACGAGGCGCUGGAGAAGGCCAAGCAGGAGGCGGUGGUGGCGCGGCGCGUGGCCGAGCUGGCGCGCGCGGGGCUGUGGGCGGAGCGCCGCCUGCCGCGCGUGCUGGAGCCGCCGCGCGCGAAGACGCACUGGGACUACCUGCUGGAGGAGAUGGCUUGGCUCGCGCAAGACUUCGCUCAUGAGCGCAAGUGGAAGAAGCAGGCCGCCAAGAAGUGUGCUCGAGCUGUACAGAAAUAUUUCCAAGACAAAGCUAUGGCUGCACAGAAAGCAGAAAAAGCGCAAGAGUUACAAUUACGAAAAAUAGCAGCAUUUGCGGCGAAGGAGAUUAGGACGUUUUGGUCAAAUGUAGAAAAGCUGGUGGAGUGGAAGCGCGUGAAGCGAGUGGAGCGCGCGCGCAAGGAGGCGCUGGACGAGCAGCUCAGCUACAUCGUGGACCGCACCGAGCGCUACUCGCGCCAGCUGGCCGCCAACCUGCACGCGCCGCGCGCCGCCUCCGACGACGAGUUCCAGCCGCUCGCCGGCUCCAGCGACGACGAGGAGACCAUCGCCGCGGCCGAGCGCGACGCGCCGCCCGACCACCGCGACGAGCUGGACGCGCUGCGGCGCGAGUCCCGCCUGGCGCUCGCCGACCUGCUGCCGCCCGGCUACCUGGCGCAGCCCUACCACUCGCCGCCGCCCUCCGACUACGCGGCCGACGACGACUCCGCCGACGACGAGACCACCAUCGCCGAGCAGGAACGCGCCGAGAGCCCGCGCGACGCCGAGGACGAGCUGGCUGCGCUGCGCCGCGAGGCCGACCUGUCGGUGGACGAGCUGCGGCGCGAGUACGCCGGCGCCGCGCCGCCCGCCGCGCCCGCCGCGCCCGACUCGGACGACGACUCCGACUCCGUGUCGUCCGCCUCGUCCUCGUCCUCGAGCGCGUCCGACGCGCUGGAGACGCUGGUGGAGGCGCCCCCGGCCGGCGGCACGAGCAGCGCGGGCGGCUCGGAGCGCGUGCAGGCGUGGGCGGAGCUGGCGGCCUCGCUGCAGCCCACGGGCACCACGCUGUCGGACACGGCGGUGGGCACGCCGGUGCCGCGCCUGCUGAAGCACCCGCUGCGCGAGUACCAGCACGUGGGGCUGCACUGGCUGGCCACCAUGCACGCGCGCGCGCUCAACGGGAUCCUGGCGGACGAGAUGGGGCUCGGCAAGACCAUCCAGACCAUCGCGCUGCUGGCGCACCUCGCCGAGCGCGGCUGCUGGGGGCCGCACCUGGUGGUCGCGCCCACCUCCGUCGUGCUCAACUGGGAGAUGGAGUUCAAGAAGUGGUGUCCCGCGUUCAAGAUCCUCACUUAUUACGGGACAAUCAAAGAGCGCAAAUUGAAGCGUGUCGGUUGGACGAAAGCGAACUCUUUUCACGUGUGCAUAACCUCUUACAAACUCGUAGUGCAGGAUCAUCAAAGUUUUAGACGAAAACGUUGGAAAUAUCUUAUUCUGGAUGAAGCUCAGAACAUAAAAAAUUUCAAAUCUCAAAGGUGGCAAAUGUUGCUCAAUUUCCAAACGGAGCGGCGGUUGCUGCUGACGGGCACGCCGCUGCAGAACAGCCUGCUCGAGCUGUGGUCGCUCAUGCACUUCCUGAUGCCGGACGUGUUCGCGUCGCACUCCGAGUUCCGCGAGUGGUUCGGCGAGCUCGGCGCCGAGCACGACCGCAACGACGCGCUCGUGCGGCGCCUGCACGAGGUGCUGCGGCCCUUCCUGCUGCGGCGGCUCAAGGCGGACGUGGAGCGCCAGAUGCCGCGCAAGUACGAGCACGUGCUGCUGUGCCGGCUCGCCAAGCGCCAGCGCUGCCUCUACGACGACUUCAUGGCGCGCGCGCGCACCAAGGAGAGCCUCGCGUCCGGCAACCUGCUCAGCGUCAUCAACGUGCUCAUGCAGCUGCGCAAGGUGUGCAACCACCCCGACCUGUUCGAGCCGCGGCCCGUGUGCUCGCCGCUGGCGCUGCCCGCGCUGCGGCUGCUGGUGCCCGCGCUGGCGCUGGCGGCGGGCGCGGGCGCGCGCGCGGCGCUGGCGGCGCGGCUGGGCGGCGACCUGGCCUCGCUGGAGGCGGCGGGCGCGGGCGCGUUCGCGGCGCACCGCGCGCGGCACCUGGCGCCGCCGCGCCGGCUGCUGGAGGAGGGCGGGCCGCGCGCGGUGCCGCGCCCGCCGCCCGCCGCGCUGCGGCUGCACCUGCGGCUGGUGGCGCGCGCGGGCCCGCACGCCGCGCCCGCGCCCGCGCCGCCGCGGCCGCUCUCCGUGGCGCACCCGCCGCCGCUACACAACAACGCGAGCGCGGCGCCCCCGGCGAGCAGCCGCGCGGCGGCGCGGCUGGAGGCGCGGCGGCGCGGCGCGCUGCGGCGGCUGGCGGCCAGCAACGAGCGGCGCUGCUGGCGGCUGCCGCUGCUGGGCGCCGACCUGCGCGCCGCGCUGGCCGUGCGCGCGCCGCCCGUGCCCGCGCCCGGCCUCGCCGAGCGGCUGCAGCAGCUGCACCACGUCAUACACAGUUUCAGCGUGUGCUGCAGCGCGGCGCGCGCGAGCACGCCGCAGCUGGCGGCGGGCGCGGGCGCGGGCGCGCGCGGCUGGCGGCGCGCGGCGGCGCGGCUGGAGCGGCAGGCGGCGCCGCCCGCGCGCCGGCUGCUGGCGCUGCUGCACGCGCCCGCCUCGCGCCAGGCCGUGGCCUUCCCGCACCCCGCCCUGCUGCAGUACGACUGCGGCAAGCUGCAGACGCUCGACGAGCUGCUCAGGACGCUCAAGGCGGGCAAGCACCGCGUGCUGAUCUUCACGCAGAUGACGCGCGUGCUGGACGUGCUGGAGGGCUUCCUGUCGCUGCACGGGCACACGUACCUGCGGCUGGACGGCGCCACGCGCGUGGAGCGGCGCCAGGCGCUCGUGGACCGCUUCAACGCGGACGCGCGCGUGUUCGCCUUCAUCCUGUCCACGCGCUCGGGCGGCGUGGGGCUCAACCUCACGGGCGCCGACUGCGUCGUGUUCUACGACUCGGACUGGAACCCCACCAUGGACGCGCAGGCGCAGGACCGCUGCCACCGCAUCGGGCAGACGCGCGACGUGCACGUGUACCGGCUGGUCACGGCCGCCACGGUGGAGGAGAACAUCCUGCGCAAGGCCGAGCAGAAGCGCGCGCUCGGCCACCUCGCCAUCGAGCACGGCAACUUCACCACCUCGUACCUCAAGGCGAGCAAUAUCAAAGAACUGUUCGGUGCCGAGGCGACGCCGAGCUCGCCGCCGAGCGCAGGGAGCAACACCAACGCGGGCGAGCUGGAGUCCGCGCUGGCGGCCGCGGAGGACGAGGCGGACGCGGCGGCGGCGUUGGCGGCGCGGGCGGAGCAGCAGGGCGAGCUGGCCGAGUUCGACGAGACGCUGCCGCUGCGCGACGACGAGCGCGAGGACCGCGCCGAGACCGACGCGCUCAUGAAGCAGUUGACGCCCAUCGAGAAGUACGCGAUGCGCGUGGUGGAGAGCAGCGAGGCGGCGACGCAGGCGGAGAGCGCGGCGCUGGGCGAGAUGCGGCGGCAGCUGCGCGAGUGGGAGAGCGCGCGGCGGCAGCUGCGCGAGCGCGACGCCGAGCCCGAGCCCGAGCUCACGUACGAGCGCCUGCCCGCCGCCGCCCAGGUGUGGAUCAAUAUUAACGGCGGCCCCGAGACCAUGCCGAUGUGGAGUCCGCCGACGCCGCCCUCCGGCGACGGCGACGUGUACUGCGAGAGCUGGGCGCUGGCGCUCUACCGCCGCGGCGCCGCGCCCGACGCGCUGCUGCCGCCCGCGCGCGCCCGCGACGGCCGCGCCGCGCGCUCGCCCCGCCGCGCGCGCGCCGCGCCCCGCGCGCCCCCCGCGCCGCCCUCGCUGUUCGAGCGCGCCGGGCCGCGGCCGCGCGCCCGCCCGCGCCUGCCCGCCGCGCCCGCCGCGCCCGCCGCGCCCGACUGGGGCGCCUGCGAGGACGCCGCGCUGCGCCGCGCGCUGCGCCUGCAGCGCCUGCCCGCCGAGCCGCCCGCCGCGCGCGCGCCCAACUGGGACUGGGCCAGCGACGCGGUGAGCGACGUGGCGCGCGUGUACCGCUCGGCGCGCGCCUGCCGCGACCGCCACGACGCGCUGGCCGACCCCGAGCGCGCGCGCCGCAAGCACCGCCGCGCGGCCGCGCGCCGCCGCGCCGACGACGACGCCGCGCGCCCGCCGCUCGCGCGCUUCGAGGCGAUGCGCGAGGCGGCCGAGCGCCGCAGAGCCGCUCCCAAGCGCCGUCUGGACGACCCGCAGCAACCUAAUCCUAAACACGCGGCGCUGCUCGCCGACCACGGCGUCGAUUACGAGGCGCCGCCCUCGCCCAUGGAAGUGGCGUCGCGCCGCGCCGAACGUAUCGCCAAAGAGAAAUUGAAGACGACCCCGGCCGGCCCCAGCGCCGCGCCGCCCGCCGCGCAGCCGCAGCGCAUCGUGGUGGCCACGCACGCGGCGCACGCGUCGCACGCGGCGGCGCAGGCGGCGAAGACGGAAGCCGUGCGGCGCGCCAAGGUGGCGGUGUCGGCGCCGGCCGCCGUGGCGGUGAGCGUGGCGGCCAGCGCGGCGGGCGCGCCGCAGCUCCUGUACCGACAGCAGCAAGCACUGGCCGCGAGGCAGCUGAAGAUUUUACAUGCCGGAGCCGCACAUGGCCAGGCAACAACCGUGAGCGUUAGCGGGGGCGGCGACGCGAGCGGCGCGGCGUUGCGUGCUCUGCAGCUCCGCCGCGCCGCGCCGCUCGCCGCGUCCGCCGCGCCGCACUCCGCGCCGCACGCCGCGCCGCUCGCCGCGCCCGCGCCGCGGCUGCUCGCGCGGCACUCGCACGUGCUCGUCACGCAGCUGGCGCCCGCCCAGCCCGCGCCCCGCCCGCCUGAACCUAGACAAUAAACAAUACUA